UUUGGCUAUAAAAUAAAAACUAUUUAAAAGUGAUUUAGUUUUUGUGAAGUGAAUAAUUGUAAGCUGUUAGAAGAUUUUUUUUUCAGGUAAACGGAAAAUUAACUCAAUAUGACGACUGACAACGCACUUAAUUCUCAACGAGUGUUUAAAAAAUCAUCACCAAAUAAUAAAUUAACGCUGUAUUUGGCUUCCCGCGAUUUGGUCGUGGAGAAUGGUUAUAUUGACAAGAUCCAAGGAGUUUUGCACGUGGAGCCUGAGUGUUUGGAAAACAAGAAAUUGUUCGGACAAGUCACGUUAACCUUUCGCUAUGGCAGAGAAGAUGAAGAAGUGAUGGGACUAAAGUUCUGCAAUGAAGCCAUAAUGAGCAUGGUUCAAAUCUGGCCGAUACGUUGCAGUCACGACAGAGAACCGAAUUCUCCGCUACAAGAGGCGUUGAUAAAACGUUUGGGAGCGAAUGCGUUCCCAUUCCAUUUGGAACUGACGCCACUGGCGCCACCUAGCGUGCAGCUGGUGCCAGCAAAACAGUACCACGGUGCGCCUAUAGGCACCUCAUACGAUGUACGAGCAUAUUUAGCCGAGAGAGCAGAUGAGAAGAUAUCCAGGCGUAGUACGGUGCGUAUGGGCAUCCGAGUGCUGCAGGGGCCGGGACGCGUUCCCCCCGCUGUCCUGCCCCACUCCCCGCACCACAACACGCUCAGCGCAUUGGCACAUCAUAAUGUACUCAGACUUAAAAAUAAAACAAAAAUGGAAUCAGAUGAAAAUUCACGAGGAAGAAAAAAAGAAAUCGAGAGCUUGGAACAGGCGGCGCCGCGGGCGACUGUUGAAAAGCCGUUUUUAUUAUCUGAUGGCAGGGUGGAGCUCGAGGGAUGGUUAGAUAAAGCAACUUAUUCUCACGGUGAAUCUAUACACGUUACUAUCGUUGUGUCCAAUCAUUCAUCGAAAACUGUGAGACGGAUCAAGGUUCUUGCUAUUCAACACGUGGAUGUGUGCAUGUUUUCGAAUGGGAAAUUCAAAAAUGUCGUAGCCUUAGUCAAAGGACCAGAUACUCCUGUUGCGCCUGGUGAAAUAUUCACAGACAGUUACAAUAUAACACCGCAUAGAGGUGUAACUAAAAACUGGAUUGCUCUCGAAGAUUCUUAUUCGAAAUCAGGUGCAAGCCUCGCAUCUACAGUAUUAUGCAACUCAGACUCACCUGACGAUCGCAAUGUGUUUGCUAUUUAUGUCUCCUAUUAUGUGAAAGUCAAAUUGACUUUUAGCGCCAUGGGAGGAGAUCUAUCUCUUAAACUUCCUUUCACAUUAACUCACUCAUGCAUAAACGAAGCACCAACAGACAGUGUUAUAGAGGAAGCUACUCAUAAAAUGAUAUUAGAAGGAAAAGAAAAUAGCGACGAAGAAGAGAGCAAAGCUGAAACAGAAAAUGAUAAACAAAAUAAUAACGGACAUGAUGGUGUUAAACAAGAAACAGCAUUCGGUGAUGAUGGAGAAAUUAAAUCACCAGAAGAUCAUAAAUGUAUAGCCGAUGUUCUAGUCAAUAUUGAAAAUAAAAUAACUGAUAGACCAAAGAAAUUUGAAGGACAAAAUGUUGUUCGGAAUGUUAAACCGAAUGAGGAGGAAUUGGAUUUGAUCGUGAAGUAUCCUUGUUCGGACACGUGAUCCGACGAUGUUAAUAUAAAACAAGUUAACAAGACUGAUCAAUCGAACGAAGUGAAAGCACCGGAUAUUAUAAAACAAUUUAAAAUUGACGACCAAGUGCAUAAAUCUGGGUUUGCUGAGAAUCUGAAAAGAGCCGUUUGCUGUAUCGACCGUCGACGACAGUCAUAAUGUUAAUUGGAGUUUAAUUUUAAUCCUUGUAAAUCUGGAUACUUUAAAUGACA